AUGCACGAUGAAAAUAAAUCAAUAAUGAAAAAAGGUGAAAAUGAACAAGAUAAAUUCAUCAACAGAAAUAAUUUUAAUAUAUCGAAUUGUACAAACAUAAAAGAUACAAAUGUAGAAAAUAUAGACUAUUGGAUCCAACAAAAAAAAUAUAAAGAGCUAAUAAAAAAAAUAGAUGAUAAAAAUGAAUCAAAUAAUAAAAAAAAUUGUGGCAAAAACUACAUUAUUUAUGGUGACGGAUUAAAAGGUAAAAAUUUUAAUUCCAAAAAAUUAUAUAAAGAUUUAGAUAAAAUUAAAAGUGAUUUUAUAAAUAGAAAAAGCUCUAGUGAGGAAAAUUUAAAAGAUAGUAAAAAUAAUAUUCAAAAUUAUAAUAAUAUUGAGCAUUACAAUAUUAUGUCAAGUACAGACCCUUCUUUGUCUUCAAACAAUAGUAUAACAGAAAUGUACGAAACAAACUAUAAUUAUUUCACAAAUUUUAAAGGUGAAAUGAGUGAGCUACCAAUUUCAUCCUAUAAUUUGAAAAUUAAAUCGAUACCAAACCAUAACAUUAAUAAAUAUAAUAAUUUAUUAAAAAAUAUAUAUUUAAAUAAUAAAGAUAUAAAAACUAAAAAAUUGUAUGAAAACAUUUCAGUAAAUUUAAAAAAAAAAAACGAAAAUAAAAUUAAAAAAGAAUAUAGCAACUUACAAAAAUAUAAAGAUACUUUAUUGUACAAGUCACGUUAUAUUUAUUUAAAACAAAUUAAAAGCAAGAAUUCCUUGAAAAAAAAUGGAACAAAUUUUAAUCUUAAUACACACAAUAAUCGGAAUAUUCAAAUUAAAUAUGAACCAAUUAAUAAAUUAAUUAACAAAAAUAUACUUUUUUUAGGAAGUUUUAAUAAAAUGAAAAACAGAACACCCCAUAAAAUAAAAUAUAUAUCAAAAUAUAAAAAUCAUUUUAAAAAAGUACACCAUAUAAAUGAAUCUUAUUUAAACGGAAAAUUCAAAAAGAAAAGAAAUAAUUGUAUUUUUCUUGAUCAACAUAAUUCAAAAAACAUCAAAUCUAUUAAGAAUUAUUAUAUCCCAUUUAUAUUGCAAAACAUAAGAAAAAAUCAAAGUAUACUUAAUGAUAUUAUUAAUUAUUCCUAUAUUAAAAACAUGAAAGAUGAAAAUUUAUUAAAUAAUUCCAUUGACUAUAGACCUAAAAAAAGUAAAGGAAUUUACAGGAGAAUUACUUGCAAAAAUAAAUGCGUAUAUACUAAAAAUGCAUUUACUAAUUUAAUGGAAAAGCUUAAACUAUUAGGAUAUGCAUUAUUUUUCUGUUUUUUUUUCACUAAUAAAACUAAAUCAACGAAAGAUAAAGCAAAUAUUUAA